AUGUCGUUGUCCCUUCCACUUUUUCUCCUCUCUCCACUCCUACUCCGGGCCGCCGCUGCCGCCGCCGCCCCGGCCCCGGCCCCGGCCCCCGCACUGACGACGGUGCCGGCGCCAUUCCCGCUGGGCGUCAAGGGCGCCCCCACGCCCACCGCGAGCAUCCUCGGCGUGGACGCAGCGGGGCACACCACCUUCGCGAUCGCCGAGCCCCUGGUCGAGGGCGACGCCAACGGCGUGUCGAGCACCGUCGGCAUGUUCACCGCGACGCUCGUCGCCGGGGCGGACUACGCGUCCGAGACGUUCGCGGCCUCGGCGGACGGGAUCGAGCUUGCGUUUGGCAUCGCGUGCAGCUUUGCGGGGCGCACGGCGGCGGCGUGUGAUGAUGGAAGCGGCCCGACGACGGUGGAUAUAUCGACGGUCGCGCCGGGCAACUUCUCCCAGGUGCUUGACGUCGUCGGCCCGACGCCGGCGCGGUCUCCAUCUCCAUCUCUGUCUCCAGCCCCGGCUCUGUCUCCGCCCCCAUCGGGCCCGGCCGGGGCGGGGAAGAAGAGCGCGGGCAUGCGCGUAAGGAGCGGCGGUGUGUUUGGUGUUGCGGCGGCGAUUGGGGUGUUGUCGGCGAUGGUGCUGUAA